AUGUUCUCCUUCACCAAAUCUCUCGUCGCCGCCGUCGCCCUUUUGGCCAUCCUCCCCAGCUCUCUGGCUCAGACCGCCCCUCCGGCCACUACCUCCGGUACCGCCACAGCUGAUCAAAGGCGGAUCAGCGCCUGUCAAGCAACCAUCGAAACUCCCGGGUUCAACAACGAGGAAAACUACCUUACGAGCGAUACCAACUCCUACUCGGUCCGCUACACUUAUGACUUUGCAGCUUGCGAUGGUGUUCCCGUCCUAUCUUCCAGAUUGACCAACUAUGGUACUGACGGAACGUUCGUGGCAUGCACUUACUCGCAAUUCACUGCCGCUGGAGAGUUCACUUCUGUGUGUCCCAGGACUCGUGGGAGCAUGGCUACUGCUGCUGGAACCGCAGGCCAAGACUUCUCGUCGCAGUUGAGGUUCGGAGUUAGGCCUACCAUCAUUGUCCGAGAGGACGUCUUCACCGUUUACGGCGUCGAAGCGCCCACUUCUACCGCCCCCACUUCGACCGCCCCCGCUGCCACCACCUCCGCUGCUACCGCCUCUCAACUCGCUCAACGAAGACGACGAGCCGUCGAGACCGGCGAGGUCGUCCUCACUACCGGUAUGAUCUGCGAUGCCGGCGAGACCGCUUGCCCUAUGCGGGACAGCAGGAAGAGGUCGUUCAGCCGAUGCAUUGACACUGCCAACGAGCUUUAUGCUUGUGGAGGUUGUCCCGGCGCUGCUGGUACUCAGGACUGCAGCGAACUCAAGGGUGUCGCUGACGUCCAGUGUGUCCAGGGGACUUGUCAGAUCAACCAGUGCGACCGAUCCCACAAGCUCUCCAGCGACGGCAAGACCUGUGUCCGAAAAGACUCGGUCGCCAAGCGCAGCUUCUGGUAAACACCUCGAUCGCAGCGCUGCCUCUUCACCGGCGCCGAGACGAUACUCAGCCAAGAAAGACUCGCUGGGUCGAUAGACGCGAAGAAACAUAAUCUAGUUCACGAAUAGUUCCGAGGUUUCAUAUUCUGGGUUUGCC